AUGGGAUCUGAUGUUAAUAAACAUGACUACAUCAGACAGAAGAUGAGAGAAGUUGGCAGACUUCUUCUUGAAGCAAGGAAGAUUACUCGGCUAAGAUCUAUGGUGGACUUCAUCAUUCCAGCAAAUUUCAAACAAGUCAUUUCAGCUGUUAAAGUUGUAUCUGGCUAUGAUGAAGAGAAAAACUGCUACCGCAUUCCCUCUCUAGCUCUCAAACUUGGUCAUUCUUUAAACAAGAUCUGUAGUAUUGUUGAGAGCAAUGCCAUGAUGUACGGAGACCAUCAACGUGCUGAGUGUGCUCGAGACUUCAGAAAAAUACACCAGAAACACAAACAGUUCCUAAGCAAGCUCAGAAACUGCCCAUCGGCAAAAAGCUAUUCAGCUCUUGCUAAGGUCACAUUGACGCAAGUCAUCCUGUUCAACAGAAGAAGAGAAGGUGAGGUAUCACGAAUGCUUUUGGCAGCUUUUAAAAGCAGGGAUUCUUCUGAGCUACAUGAAGACCUAGCGAUCUGUCUUUCGGAGUUCGAGAGAAAGUUGUGUCUGCACUUCACCCGAGUUGAGAUCCGUGGUAAACGAGGGAGAAAGGUUCCUGUGCUUCUCAAGCCUUCAAUGGUUUCUGCCAUGGAGCUGCUUGUUGAAACACGUGAGGUUUGUGAAGUCCCAGCUGAGAAUCCUUUUCUGUUUGCCAGAUCAGGAGCAAUGUCUGCAUACCGAGGAGGAGAGUGCAUUUACAGAGCUGCUCAGGAAUGUGGCAUAAAGAAUCCAGAAGCACUGUCAUCAACUAAGCUGAGGAAACACAUAGCAACCAUGUCAAAAAUCUUGAACCUUGAUGAGAACGAAGCAGAUCAAUUGGCUGAUUUCCUCGGUCAUGAUAUCAGAAUCCACAGACAAUAUUACCGCUUACCGGAGGGGACGCUGCAGCUGGCAAAGAUGAGCAAGGUCUUGUUAGCAAUGGAAAAGGGAACACUCUCAGACUUCAAAGGAAAGACGCUUGAUGAGAUUGAAAUUGACCCAAAUGAACAAUUUGAACCCCUCGUUAAUGAUAUGUCAAGUGAUGAGGAGGAUUGCAGCGACCCAUCUCAGUCAGCAUCCCCAGAAGAGACGGCUCAACUGUCUGGAUCACAAAAGGAUCAAAGUUCUUUAAAGGCUCCAAAAAGAAAAUGGGAGGACAUUGAGGUAAAAGCAAUAGAAAGGCACAUGAUGAGGUUCAUCAAGACAUGCAAAGUUCCUGGUAAGCAAGACUGUGAAAGAUGCAUUGAAGCAGAGCCAGAGGCUUUGAAGGAGCGAACAUGGACUGGCCUGAAAAACUAUGUGCUGAAACAGGAUCACAACUCUCAAAAAAAAGGGUGCUUUGUAGCCGUGUAG